AUGUCAUUGAAAUUAUAUAUAGAUUGGCUAUCUUAACCAUCAAGAUUCGUUUCUAUAGUGCUAAAUAUACUUAAAAUUUAACAUGAAGUUGUGGAGAUUAGAAUUGCAGAAGGGAAAUAAAGAACUCCUGAGUAUGCAAAAAUAAAUCCAUAUAGAAAAGGUACAUAUUAAGAUAAAUAAUUAUUUUUCAGUUCCUGCUAUUGUUGAUAAGGAUGGAUAUUAACUUGCUGAGAGCCAUGCUAUUAUAAAAUAUAUAAUAAAAUCAAGGAAUAUUAAAACUACUCUUUAUCCUGAUAAUCCACAAGAAUCAGCAAAGAUUGAUGAAUAUUUGGAUUAUCAUCAUACAGGUACAAGAAAAUUAUCAUAAUACUUUUUCAAUUUGAUUGUGGCUCCGAAAUUGGGAAUAGAAACAACUGUAAAUUUAGAACAGGCAAAAAAGGAAGCAAUAUUGGCAUUAAAAUUCUUAGAAACAAGUAUAUAGUCAAUUAAUUAAAUAGAAUUUUCAACAUAAGAUUAUAUUUGUGGAAAAGAAAUAAGUCUAGCUGAUAUAAGCGCCUAUUGUGAAAUUAUGUAAUUGCAUAUGGUAAAUUGGGAAUUUUAAAAAUAUCCAAAUAUUUUAAGUUGGAUGAAAAGAGUUGAAUAAAUAAAAGAAGUAAAUUAGGGACAUGAAGUAUUCUUAAAAAUUGUAUAGAAAAUUAGAAACAAACCAAAGUUAUGA